AAGAAUAGAAAGUAAAUGAAAGGGCUUGUUUGCAGCUUCUCCUGCUCAUAUGUGUUCUAGCUGCUCCCAGAGUCCCUGCAGUGCUAUUGCACAGAGUGCUGUUCUGACUUGCAUAAAAGGAAAAUGAGGAAGCUCAAAUAAAAACGUGCUAGAAGUUAUUAAUUUCUCGGUGUCAUAGAAUGGAAAGAGUCACUGUGUCACCUAAAAUUCUAGAGUGGUUGUGAUCAAGUAUGUCACUUGUAUUCGGUCACUACUCAAUACUAAGUAUAGAGAGAGCUGUCCUGAAUACAUUUGGAAAGUCACUGUCAAGUAGUGAUGAUGCUUUCUCAAGAAGCUUUCUGAAGAAGCUAGAUUCUCUGAGAGGGAACAAAAACUCCCUCCUUCAAUAAUGCUUUCUGAUACCUAGAAGAUCACUGUAAAAUAGAAAUGAAUAGCAUAUUUCCCCAUUUUGAUAGGAAAAUAAAUAAUUGCAAUAAGAUAAAUUCUGCUUUGUUCUGGCUAAUGCCUAAUUAGGGAUAACAUACAGCUGGGGAGCAUGAAGUCUUUGUCACUUUGGAUUUUAAUAACUGUUGUAAUUGGCACCUGUCAGGUGGAUCUGAUCAUGCUGUGGGGCAGGAGGAAGAGAAGCCCCUGGAGUCCUUGCAGUUAGUUUUUCUGUGAUUCUGUGAUUACCAGGUUUGUGAUCUCUUUGCAGUUGUUCACUCAACCUAUUUCUGAAGUAGAAUUCUGUGAUGAUUUAAAAGCACAGACACAAGUGAGGACAUUAGAGAGAAAAGUGCUCAUAAAUUUAAAGAGAUUAAGAGAAUUAUAGCCAUUUUGAUAACUGUAAGAAAUACAGUGAGAUUGUAAGAACAGUGUUGAAGUAGUUUAGCCUGCACUUAGGUGCCAGAAUGUCUGUGCAUAAGCUUUGCAGUCAUUAUUUCUUUUUGCUGUCCACAGCUAAUGCUUACAAAGUCCAGCUGUGACAAAAUUCUCUCCUUUGUUUAAUGACAUCUAGACAAAUUCCUGGAAGGAGAUGAAUUUGAAUGUGAAUUUAACAUCUGUUGAAGAUGAGGAAAAGAGUCAGUCAGCCUAAAACAUGGAGUAGUUUUAUAGGCAAAAUUAAAAGCACCUAGGGGACUGCAGUUCUCAUCUGCUUCUCGGUGUGCAGGUAUUUCUGAAGAGAGGUGUGUGAUUGUCAGCAGUACGUGUCUGGAUCAGGACUCACCUUGUUACACUACAGCUGGGCUUUGUAAGUGCUCACCUUUCCCAUGACACACUGCUGUAUGCUUUCAGCCAAACAAAAUGGUGUAGACAAGUGUGAAUGUCUGCAAUAGAACAGGCACAUUUGAAGCCUUUUUGUUACAGAAAGGAAUAGAAGAAUCCUUUAUAUUUUGCUUAGUCUAUGGACUAGUCUUCUUCCAUCUCACUCCACCUCCUGUUGCUUUCAGUCCUUCUGUCUUCCUCAACAGAAAAAAAAUCACUCUGAUAAAUAUUCCUGGACUUGUUAAGGAUGACAGGAGUCAUGAAGAAAAGCGUGAGAAUGCUUAGGGUCGACAUGGUCUUCUCACAGCCCUGUGCAUUGUCAUAAGGAUUUAAAUUGCAUUGUUUUUUUUGUGUUUGUAAAUGUUACUGAUUGCUGUGAAUAUGACAGGUCUUGACUGUUCUUUAGAAUAGCAUGGAAAAGAUUUCCUGAUUUCCUAUGAGCUAAGAGACCCUUCCUAGCGAUUCUGAUGGCCCCACAGGCCAUGCUACUAGAGAAACAAAGCAGAAGAGAGAGCAUCUCAAAUGCUUUUGUAUUCCCUGUAGGGAAAUAUUUCCAAGAGAGGGUUAAAAACAUGGUGAAGUAAUAAGACCUGUCAAAGACCUGUCAUGCAGGAGCAGGUAGGGUCUUCAAAUACCUGCACUCCACAGAUGGGCUGGGUGUCCUGUGGAACUUGAUGGAUGAAGAGCAGUUGAGUUUGUUUCUACAGUUGUUUUCUGAGUAUUUAGGCAAUACCCUCCUCUGAACAGCAUGUAUGCAGAACAGACCCAAGACAAAUACCUUUUACAUACUAGCCUAUUACACUUUGUAGCUAAAAAGAUGGUCUCAACAGACAAAUCACUGCUGAGAUAAAGGAUUUAAUUAAUCUUGAGCUAAUUUUGAACAAUGCAAUGAAUACUAAGAUGCAGAAUUCAGCAAGGUGCAGAAGUUUCUGAGAGAGAAAUCAAGUCAGCAGUGCAGGAAGUCCUUAUACGUAUAUCAUAGAUCAUCCAGAUAAUUUCCUUGUCAUCAUACAACACCACUUAAAAAUAUAAUGUUUAUCAAAGAUUAGCUACAGUUUUAUUAAAGAAUUUUAUUUCUUUGUGCCUUACAGUAUACAUGCAGAAAGCAAGCUGGCAGCCUAACACCCCUUUUAUGACCUAACUCAGUAGCCCUUCAUUUCAUGUCUUGAUCUCUCAGCAGUAGUUGUAUAGAACUCUGUUUAUCACUAGGUAAAAAAGGCCUCAUCUUAGGAAAUUUGAAAACAUUUUAUGAAUCCACGAGACAACAAAUUUUGCAAGAUACUGGGAUUUUUCUGAGGGAGGUAUCAAACCUCAUUAGCAAUUCAAGUUCAAUAUUCUCAGUUUUUAACAGUAGGGAUUUUAACACUUCUUACAGUUGAGCUUUUUAAGGUAAUUUGAUAUUGCUGCCCAAGCCUAAACCAAUAUAAAUCAGAAUUAAUCUGAUUAGAAGAACCUAAAGGUCCUUUUGCUUACCAUGAAACUGCCUGCAUCUGGUUUCACUUAUUUCCUCACCUUGUAUUUCCCACUUCUUGUUUGCACUAAUGAACACAGAAGUAAUUUUUCAUCUUCUUUUAGGGACCAAAUGUUGUCAGUGUUUCUGAAAUGAAUCUAAAAGACAAUGUAGUGCAUUCCAAAAUACUUUUUUUCCCUCAAAAUAUUUUCUAGAAACAUUUCUGUCAUGAAUUCUGUUUAAUUCUUCUGUUUCAAGUUUUAUUUCAGAACAUUGUAAUUCCAUCACUCUUUCCUUGCAUCAAGUUCUAAUCCCUUAUGGCAUUACACUACUUGCUGCAUCAGUCUACUGUGAUUACAAAGCAGAAGGAUUUCUAAAUUGUGCUGAUUUUUUUUUUCCCUCUUUUCACUUCACCAAAAUAUUUCCAUCUGGUAUCAGCAAAGUUGAAAAGUUCCCAUUAUUUUUCAUGUUAUUGAAUGUUUUUGAUAAGUUUUCUUUCUCCUGCUCCUCCAGUUCUUUUGGAGCUUGGUUUAACCUUGCACUAACAGUAAUCUUGGAAUUCCAAAAACUCUGUACUUAUUUGCAUUUUGUGACUGUGAUGGAUUGUACUUUACAGUUUGAAUCUUGACAUUCUUCUAGGUUACAUCUGGAUUAUUGUAGCAGUUAAGAAAAGGCAGUUUUUGCACUUACACAUCUCCAUCUUUUCUCCUGUUAAGAAAGAGAAAAAAAGCAAACUUGAAAAUUGAUGGGAUUGGAGGAUUGUUUUCAUUCUCUCUUCCUUCCCCAACUUUUUUUUCAUCUGACUUCUCCCUACAGGAAAUUGUGGAACAGAAGUGAGAAAACAAGAAAGAUGUAAAACAAACAAACAAGCAAAAACAACGCUAGACAUGUGCAUCACACACAAAACUCUUAUUUGGAAAACUUAUAAUCUCAAAGCUAUCAGCUUUCCCUUAGAGAGAAGAAAACUGCUUUUCUAUCCAGCUCCAUUCAGAUAUGGUGAGAGAAAAAGUUUGCCUUCCCAUAGAGUGGGCCCAGGGCUGGAUCUCUGGCCAAUUAAUUGUUUCACAAUCUCUCAGGAAAUUCUCUAGGUAUCAAAGUAUGCAUGGGGUUGUCCCAUCCAAAAUACAGUGCCCUAACUGAACAGCUUCAUAUUCUUCCUUGCACGUACCAAGGAGCUGUAAGUUUGUGUGAGGAGGGAAAAAAAACCACCAUUGUAGUUGACUCUGGGUUUCUCCUGCAGAACAUUUCUAUGACUGUCAAAAAUGUUGGCUGUGCAGAGCCAGCAUUCUCCAGCAACGCUUCCACCCCAGCCAACUGCACCUUGCUGUUGGAAUCCCCAAGUGCACAAUACCAUGGGAACAUGAGAGGCAGAGCAAAGUUCUGCUUAAGACUGAAGAUCUGUCUCUCUCUCUGACAGAUUUCUUGACAAUGAACUACAUUUUCUAAUCCUUUCAUCUGCUCCACAUCUUGUAGUGGAGGUUAUGAUUUGGCUCCAGGUACUUGCAUUGACAAGCUGUGUUUGGGCUCUGACUUGCUGCGCAGACACUAUGUAUAAUAUAGAGAAAGAUGGAGGGUUUUCUGUAGCUCUCACAAAGCUGAAAUUGCAUCCAUAAUUUUAGUAGGAAAUGUUAAACUUUCCAAAGGAUGUUUGUUGAAGAGAAAUAAAUGCAACUGUAUGGAUUUUUUAAUAGUGAAUGUUGAGCUGUGGAAAAAUACUACUUAAGGUGCACAUGAUCAGUGUGCCUUGGUGCUGUAGAGAACUUGGAGAGCUGAUCCAGUGUUGUCUCUGGCUCUGAGCUGCAAAACGUUCCAAAAGAUGCAGUGAUUGCUCAAGAAACAGUGGAAGUAAAAUACAUGAUAAUAUUGAAAACAAUAACCGAGUCACUUGGAGCUAUUUUAAUAGCUCAUAAAAAGUCUAUUUUGCUGCAGCCUACUUGGUAGUUAUGCAAGUACCAAAACUAUUGUUUAUUAUCUGAGAUGCUGGACUGUUGAACCAUUAUUUGUGCUACUGUGGAAAGAGAUUGCUCGCAGGGGAAGAUUCUCAUAAUGGUUGUGGUGUCAUUUUAGAAUGUGGUUGUCUCCUGUGGGGUCAGGGGAAUUGCCACAUCUUAUUGCAGAACACUUUAUCAAAAAAUAACCUUUAAAAAUGUUUAAGAAAAACUAUCUCCUCUUGUAGAUGAGAAGAAAAAAACUAUUUUAUUCCAGGCAGAAGUAUCUAAAAUGUGUUAUAAAAUAGCUACUUUUAUGUUACCAUAAAAGUUUCUCAUUCUUUCACACGCUGCCUGCUGACUGCUGCAAACUGCACGACUGACUUGCACACGAGUGCUAUUUCAAUGGAGAUGUUUUACUCUGUUCUGUGUUUACCACAGCAGAGUGAUGUACACUGAAUGUAGAUGUGGAACUCUUGCCACCCAUGGGCACAACUUGAAUUUAACUAGUAAGACCAGAACUGGUAGAAUUCCUUUUAGUUCUUUGCAUCUGUCUACCGAACAGAUGCACAGAGAAGCAGGCAGGUUCAAACAAACUGGUCUUCUUUAGAGACAGGAGGAAUAUGACAGGAGGAAAACAUGGGACCAUCUUUCCUUAUAAAGGAUUGCUGAAAAGUGAAGUGUAAGCUGCUGCUUGCUCACAGUGUAAGGCUCUGACCCAGCUGGCUGAAAUCCACAUGGUAUUCCUUAAUUGAUUUCAUUGCUUUUGGAUCAUCUCAUGUGUUAGAAGAUUCUACACAAAUGUGGAGAGUAAAUAUGGUUUAAAUACUAGUCCUUAUAUCAAUAUAACUUUACAUAUGAGUUGCAAUGGUUACUUCUUAAUUCCUUUAGAAUCUUGAAGUAGAAGUUUCCCAAAUAUUGUCUAUACAGUAAGAACUGACGGCUUUUUGGCUUUUGUAUUAACAAAAUAUCAUGUAAACUAUCUUACUUUUAUCUUUCAUUUGUGAAAAGCAUGCCCAAACCAUGCAUGCAAAGUAUGCAACAAAUGGAAGUAAGAAAACCAGCUACCAAAACUGGAAUGCGAAGAGUGAUUGCCCUGGCUGAAGGGCAGACUUUUCACAGAUAUUUGAUUGCAUACAUGGGACAAACUUCAUUUGAGAUGAAUAGAGAGUACAUAAAAUGUAUGCUUUCCCUCCCCCAUCCCUCUUGUUUAUCUGAUUUUGUAGAAGAAGAAUUUUUAAUUAACUCCACAGAACUGCAAUAAACUACAGGAACUGUAAACUUAAUAUCCAGAAACACUACAAAUAGAAAAAUUGCUACAUAGCUCUAAGGUUAUGUUAUUCUUCUUUUGUGUCUAUAAACACAUCUGUUCAAAGCUACAUGCAAACUUCUUUACUUUUCUUCUCUGCACAGCUGAAGUGCAUAAGGAGAUACUUUUCCUGGAAAAAAAAAAAAAAGAAGCGAUGCCUACUUUAAGGAAUUUGAGACUUAGAUGUUUAGAUAGUGAGGAGUGCUGCCCUCACUCUCCAAACAUCUCUAAAAAUAGUACUUGUUUAACUACUUAUAUUUACUUCUUUACAAGUUGAGAGAGACUAUCUGAUGUGAUAUUCUGUGUAUAUACUUGUAUGUAUAUACAUACUUGUGUACUUGUCCUUCUGCUGAGCAGAUGUUGAUGUUGCAAAGAUUAGGUUUUUAUGGGAAGGCAGAUCAGUGAAGCAGAGUUUGGGGGUUUCAUUCUGUAGUAUGUAAUACCUUCAAGUGCUAGCAGCAUGCCUGCAGUGAGAUGACAUAACCCUCCUGAUCUGCUUCUCCUGUUGUGCUUGCCUGUUCACAUCCAUGGUUUAAAGUGCUUGAUGCUCACGGACCACCUACUUGAUGUGAACUGAAUUCUGUUUACCUUAUGCACAAAGAAAGGCAGUUGAUGAAUUCUAGCUUAUUAAUUUAUCCCCAUGUUAUUCUUGAAAUGAAACAAGAUCUUUUCCUUUUCCUCCCCAUCCUCUUAGUUUCUCUCCUUAUUUUACUGUAGCAGAUAAAUUUGGUUCAAGUUUUAGAAGCAAGAGCUUUUAUGAGGUCACAUUGUCCAUUUCUUAGAGGGCAGGGAGAGGAGGUAUUUAUUUAGCUGCUGCACAAGUGCAUGUUGGAGGGUUCAUUGGCAGGGCUCAGCCCUGAGCUGCAUGGAGUCCAGCUCUGGACUGGAGUCUGCCUUUAGAGCAAGUUUCGUGCCUUCAUCUCAUCCAUGUGCUGUACAUGGGUCGAGGGCAGGCUGGAGUUACACAGGGCUCUACACAGCAAGAUGAAAAGAGUAGUAGAUCUGGAGGGACUGUGUCACCAAACAUUGCCAGGGCACCUCAGCUAUUCCAUGUCAUCCCAGGGAAAAGAUUCUUCCUGCUAUGUAAUGUGUUAUUUGCGUGAGGUACUUUUAAGAAGACAGUACAGUCUUCUUUAUGACAGCCCACUUUGCACCUCUGUGCAAAGCUGAAGAAAGAGAAAAGGCAGGAUUUUAACAACUCACCACAGCCUAACCUUUCUUAAGAGCCCCAGCUGAAGUAAAAAGAAGUCUGUUUUGUACAAAAAGUGUUUGUCACUUGUGCUUAAUCGGACUCCAUUGGAUUGUUGCAUGUUAGGCAGUUAAAGAUUAUAUGUUCCUGAUAUAAAAUGCUGGAUGUAUGGCCUGAAUCUCUGGCAUAGAAAAUGUGUUCACGUGUGUUAGGACUUCUAGUUACUGUGCUGGUACAAUUUCCAAGAACAAACGUAGGAAUCUCUGGUUUAAGAAUCUUUAUCCAGGGGUGGGUGAGGGAAUGGUGUUCAUGAGUUAUGUGGAAUGUCUUGAUAUCUGGGCCCAAAACUACUCCCUUUUUCUAAGAAGAACAGCGUAAGAUCUCGUUCACAUUAUGUUCAAAGGGUUUUGGCUAUAAAUACAACUUUUCAGAAUAGAAGUGUGUUACACAGCAUCUGGAUAGUCCUGGCUAUGACCAUUUAUGUAAAAAGAUGACUUGUGCAUAUCCUUCCUGAACUGCUGCUAUAGACAUAUGCCUCAUCCUUAAAAACCUUUCUUUUUAGAAUGUGAAGUUAAACACGCAUCCUUUUUCCACUGUCGUGUCUCUUUCUCUCUUUAAUAACCUAAUAAUUCAGACAGUACACAGUGUUCGAAUGUACUUUUAUUCUUUUCAGCAUAGAAUGGAAAGCAUGACUGUACAAGGGUUCACACCCUCCAGUGAGAGUGAAAGAUGAUGCAGACCUAUUAAUGCUCGAGAGGUACAGGGGAGGGGGCAACCACAGUGUUUUGUUUUGUGCUGUUCCUUGUGUGCUGAAAGUGUUUUGGGGACAGACCAAUGUUUUGACAUAAGGUUUGCCUGCAGAUCAGUAUGCAGGUUGCUUACGAUCCAGCUGUUUUCAUGAAUCAGAGGAAAAACAUCUAGGCAUGUCCACUGCAUAGGGAAGCAAGCCCAUAGUUGAGCACUUACAUCACCCAUAAGCCUUUUAUUUAUCUUUUGUAAACAACUCUCUUCUGCUUCAAAUUAAUAUCCUGAUUGAAUUGCUGAUAUAAGUGUUAAACUAUUUAACGUCAAGUUGUCAGCAGAUAGCAUGACAAAAAGUGGUGAUAGGAGCACUCUUAGCAAUGGCUUGCAUUCGAGAAUCUCAUCAGAGUCUUAUCACACAGCCUGUAUCUCUGGGUAUUGGUCUCCAGGUCAGACAUUCAGCGUGUGUUUGGGUAUGGGUACUAAAUCUUUUCUCAGUGGCAGUUGUUUUCAGAUAACUUUAAGUUCUACCAAGAAUCAAUAAAUCAGAAAAGUGGGUAAAGUUGGAGAUAAAAACUGUCUGGAAACAGCCUCUGUUCCAAAAUGGAAAUGAAAGUUUUGUUGGGCUGCAUGUGUGUGUCUGAUACAGGUUCAGCGGUGUGCACUGAGAUGCAGGGGCAAGAAAUUAUGAGUACAAAUUGAGUAAUAAAUAUUUGAUUCCUGCAUUCCUGGAAAUACUGCUGGAGUAUGCCAAGCUGCUUUUACCCUUGCCAAGGGAGAGCACAGCUACGUGCCUUAUUUCACACUUAAUCUCCUGUCUUCUCAGAUGUAGUUGUUGUCUGCCUUCAUCUCCUCUGGGUUAAACCCUGUUCUGUUGGGAAUAAGAGAAUAGAGUUUUGGGCCUAAUUCAGCAAAACACAUAAAUAUGUUUAACACUGUGUGUAUUCUGAAGUGUUUUGCCAGGUGAAAAAGCGUCUGACUUUCCUUCCAAGGCAGGGAAACAGUCAGUUCUUCAGUGCACUUGUCUUCACCUGCAGCCUCCUAUUUCUUUUGCACUGGAUCACAGCUUUCCUGUGCAUAACUUGGUAUUGCUGUUGAUUGGGUGAUAGUCAUUGUGGCCAUGAACUUGUGUGCUAGCACUCUGAGACAAUUAUAUUCAAGUCAUAGAGAGAAAAGUAGUACUUUUCUAGAGUACACUACACCUAAUCAACUGCAUAGGGAUAGUUUCAUUGAAUAAAUUAUAUUGCUGUAGAUUUCAUGCUUCUGCAAAUGAGAAAAGAAGCAGGCCCAGAAGAUUUAUUGAAGAUGACGACUUACGGGUAGAAGUGCACUGCUUCUAUGGAAAGGAGAAAAAAGCACAAAAUGAUAAGUGUAAAAAAUGAAAACUCUAGAACAGUAUUUUGGCUCAAAAUCAAUGGUCCUCUGACAUGUGUUGGCAAGAACAGCACUGAGGUGACAAGGAAUCCAGAGUAAAUCAAGCAAGCAGCAUGAGCUCCCCACUAUCAAUCAGAAUGCAGGCCUUUUUCAUUUCAUGACCAAGCACUUGCAUCACUAUUCAAAGGGCUUAUUCUUGUGUCAUAUAUGUUGCCUUAAGCAAAUUAGCGCAGGGAACCCACAUGGGAGGAAAAAGAAAAAAAGAAAACCCAUAGUUUUGUCAGAAGCUUUUGCCAAAGUCAAUAUUUGUGGAGUCAUAACGACCUGGGAGGAGCCCAUGCUGUUUCAGUACCACAAGCAGUGCCAUUGCUUCCACUGCGUUUUUUAGAGUUUUCGCACCUCUGAAUCAGCAAAUAACUGCACAAAGGCAGUUCAUGUGCCAGAGACUUGUCCAGACCAUGUGUCUCACAUUCACUGCCCAGAUGGGUCAAAGCUCAUGCUGGAGAGCAGUUUCCUUGGUGUCAUCGUGGUGCUCCCAAACAAGCCAGAAGGUUCAGUUGCAGAGCUCCAGUGCAGAGAGGAGUGUGCAAGUCUGUGAUAAGUGAGGAGGAGCAAAGCAAGGGCUAGGUUCUGCCAGCGCCACUUCCAUGGCACUUUCUAAGAUGAUUAUCAUGGCUGCAGAGCUUUGCUAGAAGCUUCUAGCUGCACGACGCCUGUUGUGGCGAGCACUACUAUACGGUUGUGCUACAAAUACAUGUAUUUAUAAUUUCCCACCAAUAGAUCCCUGGUUUAGGAGCAUCUUGAGUGAGCUGGGGGUUUACAACCAUUCUUCUACUCAGCAUUUCAUUGACCUCUGCUUCUCGCUGAUCAUAGAGGAUGGUAUGAAUCUUAUUCUGAGGUCUUCAUAACUCUCAGUUUGUAUACAGAGGAGCAGAGAUAUCUUAGACAUAGACUGGUGGUGAAUGGUCAUCUGCAGUUUCUAACAUGAAAGAUGCCAAAGUCCAUGAUUAUUUCUAAGGUCCAAGACCUGAAUUCUAACAACUUCCCCUUGUCACUAUCAGACAUGGGUCUGUGGGCGCUGCUGCCAGCACAGUGGCUUGCUUCCUGGCUGCUUUGUUUCUGAACAGUGCUCCUUUUCUCCUCUUACUACAGGAUAUCCAGUUGGUUGUGAGUGGGUUUCUCACUCAGCUCCAGCACUGUGGCCCAGACCUCCAGUUACGUCUGUAGCCCUACGGCUUUGCAUAGCUGUUCUCAGAGGAGGGUAGGUUUUAAAAGCAGUACAGAUUCCCUAGCUCUCAAAGCGGAUAGGCUCAGCUGGAGAACACUGCCAUGAUGGCACACAGGCUGCACCCAACAUUGUGCCAAGUCACUCUCCAUUUGUAAAUACUAGAAUGUGCUGUAGUUAGAAAUACAGCAAAAGAAAAGUCUAAAUUGUAUGGCUGAGAAACAACAAAGGAAAACAAAUGUAAACCAGAAAACAGCGCACGCAAAGCCAUCCGUGCUGUAGGUCUGUGGUCUUGCUAUUGCACAGUAAAGAAAAUAAAUACCAACAAGAACAGCCGCUCAGUUGUACGAUUCUCAUGUUUUCUAAAAGCAUGUUGUUGCUUCACCCAAACCUGUAUAUCCUGACUGCAUUUCCUUCUGUGAACGCUUACAUGGGAAACGUGUAGAUACGUUAUUUGACAUACACACUGUAGUAUUAGCUCGAAGGGAAUAAAGAUGGUCAUUAGCAAAAGGCAGUGAUUAAGAAAAAAAUAGCAAGUCCACCUAAAGAGAACUGUAUUGGGGCAUUUAUGGGUAGCACAGCAGUAAGAGCAGAGCUUGUGGUCCCUGCACCCAUACACAGCCACACAUGGAGAAGGCCUCCAGAGAGACUGCAGGGAGGCACCUGGUGCUGGGCAGGAAGCAGGAAGUCCUUUCUGUUAGUCAAGGAAUUUAGCUUGCUCUGCUGUGCUCCUGCGGAGCUUUGUUGAGGAGUUGGUGCUACCUCGGCCCAGUGACUGCAGGUCCCAGGGAAACGCUGCUCCUGGCAUCCCCCUCACCAGUGAAGUAAACGUCAUGUAUUGAGUUCUGCUGUUCAAAGGGAAUUUGAUCUAGGAGUGAAGAGAAAACUUGUAAAACCUCACUGCCUUUCUCCCAGGCCACCAGAUGCAGCUGGCCAAGGAAAUAACUCGUAGGCAGUGAAGUCCUCCAGCUUUAGAGUGAAAAUACCCUGAUACUCAUUGCAUCCCAGACCUUUGCAGCUUGCUGGGAUUUGUUUGACCCGCAUUGUGCUUUACUACGGUGAAGAAUAUUUUUCGCUUCAAGACACUUUGCAUUGAAGGAUCAUGGUAGACAGUUUAAUAGUUUCUUUGAGACUUCUCAGUUCACUAGCAGUGCUGGGAUUUCAGUUUGUCAUCCCACAGCCUUCAAUUGAACACAGAAAGGUUCCCCAGAGGAUAGAAGAGCAAAGAGAUGCAUCUGAAGAUAGCGGCGCGGGAAUCCCAGGCAUGUGGGGCAGCUGGGGCCCCUGGUCUGCCUGCUCCAGGAGCUGCAGCGGUGGUGUGAUGGAGCAAACGAGGCCGUGCCUCCCGGCGUACUACCGCGAAAGGGGCUACCAGAGGCCGGGGCGGCAAUACGCGGCCUCGGAGAGAACUCUUGCUCACCAGAACUCCCGGCACCAGGACUCACUGACUGCUUACCCAGGCCACAUCAUUUCUGCCAUCCGUACGUCUGUGCCGCUUCACAGGAAUGAAGAGCAGCUCCGGGCCGGCCUGCGGGCUUCUGCUCCUUCCGAAGGCCAUAACAACAGCCACAUGAGCCGAGGAGCUCCCAGAGGCAGCCGGCACUCUCAGUCCCAGAGGCAUCACCCCAAGCCAGAAAAGAGAAGCAGAAACAGAAAUCCUAUUGGUCCAGGAAAGUAUGGAUAUGGAAAAGUGCCAUACAUUUUACCUUUACAAACUGAUACUGGUCAGCAGCCUCAGAAACUUCGAAGGCAGCGACAGUCAUCAAGGAACAAUGUAUUUCAUCAGAGUCCAAGUCUCAUGAACGCUUACAGCCAGCCAGCCAGCGCUUCUCUCCAACAUGGGAACCUUUAUCAAGAAGAAAGCGGGCCGCAGGCUGGUCACCAGGUCCUUGGACCCUCAGUUUAUCAGUCACCUUCAUUUCCUGCAUCUCAGAACUUGUUUCACAGCAGUGACUCAACCCUUCAUGGAUCUGCAUCACACCCAAUGGUCCAGGGUCAGCCCCAGCCUCAAAGGUCUGCAGCUAUUGUAUGUGUUGGCACCUACAAGCAAUAUAAACUCUGCAACACAAACAUGUGUCCUGAAAGCAGCAGAAGUAUUAGAGAAGUGCAGUGUGCAUCAUACAAUAACAAGCCAUUUAUGGGUCGAUUUUAUGAAUGGGAACCUUUUGCAGAAGUGAAGGGAAGUCAGAAGUGUGAGCUGAAUUGCCGUGCUAUAGGCUACCGAUUCUAUGUCAGACAAGCUGAAAAGGUGAUAGAUGGGACACCGUGUGACCAAAACGGAACUUCAAUCUGUGUGGCAGGGCAGUGCAAGAGCAUUGGCUGUGACGACUAUCUGGGUUCAGACAAGGUGAUUGACAAGUGUGGAAUAUGUGGAGGGGACAACACUGCUUGCAAGGUUGUUUCUGGAGUUUUCAAACACACCCUAACAAAUCUCGGCUAUCACAAGAUAGUGGAAAUUCCUGAAGGAGCUACUAAAAUUAACAUUACUGAGAUGUCAAAGAGCAACAACUAUUUGGCCUUGCGGAGUCGAUCAGGGCGGUCCAUCAUCAAUGGAAACUGGGCAAUUGAUCGGCCUGGAAGAUAUGAAGGUGGUGGGACAAUGUUCACUUACAAACGCCCAAAUGAAAUCUCCAGCACUGCAGGAGAGUCCUUUUUAGCGGAUGGUCCAACAAAUGAAGUCCUUGAUGUCUAUAUGAUACAUCAGCAGCCUAACCCAGGUAUACAUUAUGAGUAUAUCAUUCCAGGAGACAAUGUCAUCAGUCCUCAGUUGCUUGCUCACAGGAGGCCAGGGGAGCCCUUGAAUGGUCAGUUAGAAAUGCCUGAAAGUACAAAUCACAAUGAGGACGAUUUGCAUAGGGAGACAGACACUCUCACUGGGCAGUCAGUUGGAACGUUUCCAGUUAUUCCGCCAGGAAGAUUUCCUUCUCAUCAGCCAGAAAACCAGGUGCCUGCUGUGCAGCUAUCAAGACAAAACCGAGAAUACAACUGGAAACAGAUCGGAAAAACUGAGUGUACCACUACAUGUGGGAAAGGGUCCCAGUACCCAGUUUUCCACUGUGUCAACAGAGUCACACAUGAGGAAGUUCCUGAGAAUUACUGUGACAGCAGCACCAAACCUAUUCCAGAAGAGGAGGCCUGCAACAUCUUCCCAUGUCCAGCUUUCUGGGACAUAGGGGAAUGGUCUGAGUGCAGCAAAACGUGCGGCCUUGGUAUGCAGCAUCGACAGAUCUUAUGUAGGCAAAUAUAUGCCAACCGCACCUUGACAGUGCAGCAAUACCGCUGUCAUCACCUGGAGAAACCAGAGACCACCAGCACUUGCCAGCUGAAGAUCUGCAGUGAAUGGCAGAUUAGAACAGAGUGGACUUCAUGUUCAGUACCUUGUGGAGUGGGGCAGAGGACUCGAGAUGUGAAAUGUGUCAGCAACCUUGGAGACGUUGUUGAUGAUGAGGAAUGUAACAUGAAGCUGCGGCCAAAUGAUAUUGAGAACUGUGACAUGGGACCUUGUGCUAAGAGCUGGUUUCUUACAGAAUGGAGCGACAGGUGUUCUGCAGAAUGCGGUGAUGGGAUCCGCACACGCUCAGUGGUUUGUAUGACCAAUCAUGUCAGCAGUUUGCCUCUGGAAGGCUGUGGCAAUAACAGACCCUCUGAAACAACUCCCUGUAAUAAUGGGCCCUGUGCUGGUAAAGUGGAGUGGUUUGCUGGGAGCUGGUCACAGUGCUCUACUGAAUGUGGUGGUGGAACUCAACAGAGGGAAGUCAUUUGUGUCAGGAAAACUGAAGGCAACUUUGAUGUUUUGAACCCCUAUGAAUGCUCAUAUGUGGAAAGACCUCCCAGCCAGCAAUCCUGCUACCUCAAACCCUGUGGAUCUAAAUGGUUUCAUACAGAAUGGAGCACAUGUUCCAAGUCCUGUGAAGGAGGAUUUAGAGUUCGAGAGGUACGAUGUCUAUCAGAUGACAUGACAACCAGUACUCACUGUGAUCCACAACUUAAACCUGAAGAAAAAGAGCCAUGUAACACACACGACUGUAUCCCUGAAAUAGAUGAGAACUGCAAAGAUAAAUACUACAAUUGCAAUGUGGUGGUUCAGGCCCGGCUUUGUGUCUACACCUAUUACAAAACAGCCUGUUGUGCAUCCUGUACGCGUGUGGCAAAUAGACAAUCUGGGCUUCUAGGACACAGAUAACAAAUGCUCUUCUACUCAAAGCAGCAAUGUCAGUCUUCACAUGAAGCUUGAACAGUGUUACUGUUCUGACUAGAGCAGGUUUUAGCUUCUUAAAGAGAUGGUUUUUAUACUGCUGAGUACGUCAAGACACCACAUCCUUUCAGUUACAUUUAUUGUGCAGUUGUAUCUUUCUAAAAAUGUUUGUUGUAAAACCAUGAUCUUUUUAAAGCAUUAAUGUGUAUUGAUAAUAUUCUUUGCACCUCCUCGUUGAAUAAUUAUUUAAAGAACAUACCAGCCUUACAAUUAUGAAAUUAAUGUUUAAAAAAGAAUCAGAGCUAGGGAAUUACUGCAGAUGUUUAACCAGUAUGGGUGCCACUGCUAUGUUAUUUUCUGAGUGCUUACUCUUACUUGAGUGUUUUGAACUGCCUUAAAGUAGUAGAUGAAAUCAGUGAAACAUGCACAUGAGAAGAAUUAUUUUACCAAGAACCCACCCCUUGGAGACCCAUUCAUGUUCAGUUUUUUAGCACUCAAAUGUAUAUUUUUAAUUACUUCAGUCCAUUCAUAAUAGUAAUGGUUAUACUCUUUCACUUAUACUUUUAGCUAACUUCCUGUCCUCAGGCAGCAAAUAUAUACACAUUUGACUGCCAAAAAGUGCCUUUAUAUUUAAUUCAUAAACCCUUAGAGUUACACUUUUCUAAUUUUGUAUAGAUUUUAAAAUGUUACCUACCAGAGUGCCUCUAGCCCAUUAAGUCUUUAACAGCUGCAGCCAUCAAUGAGAUUUACCAGAAGGGCGAGGAGCCUUUGCUGGUGUUUAAAAAAAAAAAAAGUAUUUCCAUUGGCAAGGUCUCUUUCCUGCAGGGCAGUUUUUCAGUGAACUGAUACCUUGCCUAAUGACUUGCCUCUGCACUAUUGCUUAACUAGGACCAUGCAAAAAUACCACGUCUAGAUGUUGUCUGCAUAUCAGAGCCUUCUGAAGCAACCACCAACAGAUGCACACGUCUGUGCUUUAUAGUAGUCUGUUGCUCUUUGUAUCCUUAUGCUCUAUAAGUGUGGUAGCUGAGUGUUUGUAAUAAGAUGAUCUCAACUAUUGGUGUUUUUCAGGUUUUGAUCAGUUAUUUGUCUUUUUUAGGCAAUGUUUCAUUCAUUAGGUCUGUUCAUACCACUCUAUACUACUCAAGAACAGCUCCGCUUGCGUGCUGAGUGUCUGUCAGUAGAGUUUAAUUUGCAUUGAAGUUGGAAUAAGCAAUAAGACUAUGAUUCAGUGAAUUUAUGUGAUGAUUUUUCAUUUCUGUAAUUACUGUACUCAGCCUUGUGAUUUGGUAAAGGUAAGUAGAAUGUGCUGUGCAAUGCAAAUGAAAAUUUUUGCGUUAUCUGCACAUUCUCUAGCUUUUACCUCUGAAGUCAUUCAAAUGUUUAAAUAAGGCUGAAGGCAGAAAUUAAUAUCUCUGCUCAUUCAACUAGUUAUUGCCUUCAAAAUAGUGAUAUCCAGCGGCACAUCUAUUUUAAGGUGCCUGUGGCCUGAAUUGAAAAGCAGUUUUAAUAAUGUGUUAAGCCUCUCCCAGUGAUGCGAUAGUACAGUGAUUAAGAGGUCCUGCUACUCAUAAAGAGGCAUAUUUGAAGCUCAUUUAGGAUUUGUAUCAGAGCCCAUCCUAGAUGAUCCACCUGUAAAUGUGCAUCUGUUUUUAUUUUCUUUUUACCACUUGGGUAGAUAUGAUGUGGAAGAAAGGGCACUGGGAGGCAAAGGUUACUGCUGUGCUACUAGUCACACCAGUUCGUAUUCUGGAAACUAUGAGCACAGGAAGGAAGGUAGAACUCCUCUACUCUAAAAGCUGCAUUGGACUGAGACAAACCUUAGAUAUUUUGAUUCAGUCACUCAUGAAGAAUGUAUUUCAGCCACAAUGAAGUAUUAAGAAGUGUUUCCCCUGAACUUUGAAGUUAACGUUUGUGAUUAUAAACCAUUAACAUCAUUGGAUGUUUCUGUAUACCAUGUCUUGAACUUUUUCACUAUAAUUGGUGACAUAAAGCCUCUAGAAACAGACAUGCUAAUUAGAAAACCUUUAAUAUGAUCUCACAAAACUUUUGCAGUUCUGUUUCCUUGAAUUAUGAAAAUCUAUCCACGAGGAUAACUUAAAGAUUUGUGAUCAUAUUGUAUAUUCCUUAAAUUCUUGACCAAAGACUGAUAUGGAGAAAGUGCAGUAUAAUAGCUCUGGAAUCCAGUAUUUGUAAGUAUAGGUUUUCAUCUCAGUGUUUCAUUGCAGCAGAUCUUGACAUACAGUAUAUAAUUUUUGCUGUUAUCUCUUUUGUGUCAAGGAAGAUAUCCUGUCAGCUUGAGGAAAAUAUUUGUUCCAUAAACAGAAUUACUGUCAACUGCAGUGAGAAUGAAAUACGUGGAAGUAAUCAGGUUUGCAAACGAUUCAUAGACAAUAACCUGCUUGCACAUACGGUGCAGAAGGCAAGUCAGCAAGCAGACAGGUGAUCCUGGUCUUUCAUAAAAUCUGUUGUUAUGCUCUGGAAUAUAUGACCAUUGGGUUAUUUUACAAGGAUUAUCAUCAUGUAGGCAUCAUUAAGCUGCCACUAAAGUAAACAAUGAAUGGGAGCUAAAUAUCAAAGAAUAUAUAUGUAGUGAUAUAAUCCUGUGUUACUCCUAAGCUGUAGAGCUUUGUGAAUUGAAUGCAGUGAAUUAUGUUUAUACCAAUUAUACAUGAGUUUUGUUUUUUAGUUAAAGAACAGAUUUCAGACGUACCAGUUAAAAAAGAUUGCAUCACUUAAUUGAACAUCUGGUGAUAUGGAAACUGCUAAAAUCUUGCUUAACUUGAUCGUUUAUCAUCUCUUCUCAUGUUUCAGUAAAAUCAAAACACUCGUUCCUGAAAUAUGAACUAUCAAACUCUUCUUUCAUCAGCUUGAUGUAGAACUAAUAUUACCUACACAGAGCAAGUGCUGUGCUAAUAUUCCACUGUCACACAAAGUGCAUUUUCAAAAUUGUGAGUAUAGCAUUUGCUUUAAUGGAGCAGUGUACUGUCUUAGGAUGAUGCCCACAGGGGCCUGAUGAUUUCAUGAUUUUACUGUAAAUGACAGUUGACCUUCAUGGAUGCAGUAAAGUUAGAUCUAGUUUAAAACAAAUAUAAGUAAAAAUUGAUUCAGGCUUUUGUGAUUGUUUAUAUUUCCUUUUAUUGGUAUUUUAAAAUCAAUCAAAAUCCCUCAGGAAAAAAAUUGAAAAAAUGCUUCCUUACCUUCCGGAUUUUUACUUUAUACAAUGCAGGAAGACCAGAGUUAGUGUGAGAAAACUGCGUUAGAUUUUUGAUUAUUAUAGAGUUUAAUCAGUAUAACUGCUUGUAGGGGGAAAAAAAGGCAUACUGCUUUCAUAUCUUCCACACAUGCAGCUGGAUAGAAUCAGCUCCAUGUAGAGCAGGUUCUGUGUCUCAAGCACUCUCUUCCUACAAUGAAGACUGUUUGUGCAGUUGUUUAUUGCUAUCAGGGGUCCAUCGUGGUUUGUUACCUCCUACUCAGUGCCAGGUCUAAGUAUGUGCAGGUGGAAUUGGUUGCAUAUAGCAGUUGUGUGCUACAUUUGACAACACUUGCUAGCAGGGUUGAAUUUAUGGAGUUCUCCCUCUCGCUAGCUGAGAAACUGAAGACAGUGUGUAGUGUGGAAGCGUGAGGUUUGCUCCUGUGGGAAUGACCCUGUGUCUAGCAGUAGAGUCCUGGGAAGUGCAGUGUGAAAGAUGUGGGUGUUUUUGCAAGCCAACUACCCUUAAAGUGUUUUUGCUCUCUGACUUAAUGCAGGACUACCCCAGCAUCCCUGCAUGGGGAACUAGUGUCUUCCUUGUUACAUAAUCUUUUUUCUUCUUUUCCCCACUGCUUGAGUGAAUCAGCAAAUUGAGAACUUUCUGUAUGAAUGAAGCAGUGCUUAACAUCAAUGUUGUUGGUUAGAUCUGACUUUUAUGGUAAUAUGGUGCAGUUCAGAGUUGCUUUUUUCUCUAAAGAAAAAGCAGAAUGUGUUGCAGAACAUGCUGAGUUAAUGACCUGUUAUUGCAAAGAGGGAUUCUAGCUUGUUUGUUCACCUAUACAUGAUAAAAGUGGUCAGUGUAGCCUUGACUCUGGUAAGUACAUGAAAUUUAUAGAACAGAAGACCAUAUGGGGCAGCAAUGUUGGCAGAACUGUGCUGCUUACUUUAUGUAUGUCUGAGUCUCAUGUGGGUUGCUCUGAAAGUAAUGCCUCCUAUUUAUUUCCAUGGAAACUACAACUGAUACAAAGAACAUAUUAAGUAAUUGAUAGAGCAUAUUAUCAGCUACAAAACAGUCUUUUUCAACAUACUAACCACCAUUAGCCAAUUCAUGUGGAUGAGCUGAUGGAGAUGCUCUUUGUUUUGUGAUGUGACAGCUGUGCAUGGCCAUCCAGAAUAUGGCUUGUCUCCAUAAACAUUCAGAAAGUGUCAGUGAAUGUCAGUGACUAUUUUUUCUGCAUGGAGGAAUUCAGUUCCACACUUUUGCUUCAUAUGCACUUCCAUGUCAGAUGACACUUUGUCAGGCUGCCCCUCUGCUGCAGUCUGUGGCACAGCACCAAAAUGUAAUGGAACAUUGAUGGGGACCUUCACCCUUCAUCCUCUGCUGCCAUUCCACCAACAUUCGCCUCUGAUGUCAUGGGCCAAGAUUAUAAACACAGGAGGCAUUACUUUUGGAGCAGUUAUGGUUGAAAGUGUCAGUGGUCAUCACAGAGGGAGGAAGGAGGUAGGGGCUGGAAGCAGCUCAUGGCUAAUAGAACUUCUAAAUAGCUAUGGAGGUUGUGCCUUCUUGAAGGAGUAUCUUGCCUUCACUCUUACUAACCUGUACAUCCAUUAAGUAGUAAAUUGUGCUCUCCGGGGCUUUCUUUUGUGUUUGAAACACAAAACAUGAAAUUCUGAGCACAGAAAUAAACUUCCUAUAUCCCUAACAUGGCAUACAGAACAUGUUUGUGUGAACCAUGUUGUUUAGUAAACGUGGUUACAUUGUAUGUUCUCUAUCUGAAAUGAAAAGUCAACCAAUAAUCAUUUUCAGUUUAUUUAGUAUAUCUUAAAGCAAAGUUGUCAGCAUUAUCUUAAUAGUGUGGGUGAAAUUCGGGCCUGGAGAAAGGAAGAAAACUUAAUUUAAGAACUCACACCAGACUGAACUUGGAUCUUUGCUUAUCAGCUUGUAGCAAUGAGAAGUUAAGAAUGCAACUUUCCAGUCUUCUGUAUCCCAAUUCACUGUAAUGAGUUAUAAAUCAACCUACCAAUAUAUUCAGAGGAGAGCUUAAUUUUGAGGAAUCAGUCACCUUGCAGUGACAGUCUUCCUUACUGCUUGGGCUGUUUCGUCUGUGCUGUGUUGGGAUCUUGUGAGACGUAGUCCUGCAGUGGCGGCGCUGGGUACGUGCAAGCCUGUAAGGCCCACACUUGGGCUCCACGCAGAGGAUUGGGAGGGUGUGAAGCCCUCCUUACCUGCAUGGAUCAGUAAACCUAACACUAUGAGUGACAAAAAAACCAGAACAUUUUUAUAUAUUAAAAAGUUUAUUUCUGCUCGACCCUGAUAAUUGAUUUUGGCAGAAGAAGGAUAUACUUUAUUAUAACUUAUUUUGUUGUUAUUUGUAAAUACAAGAUGUCUAUGGGAGAUUUGUAUUCUGAGCGGUGUGUACGGAACCGGCUGCUGCACCAAAAUGCUUCCAAUAUUUAGAAUAUGCAGAUGUUUAUUAAAAGGGACCUAAUAUGUAUUUAUUUACAUAUACUAUUCACCUUUUGUCCAGCUCUUCCAUUAUACUGACCCAGCUUUUAUGGAAUUUUAUAGCACAAGUAUUACAUAUGUAUUUUUGUAUAUAUGUCAUACUGUAAAUCGAUAAUAUAAUUUUCUAAGCCUUCUGAUUAGCCCAUUCCUGGAGUGAAUUGAAGGGGAGGAUAGGCAGAUCGCUUUCUGACUCGUUCAGGAAUACGUAUCCGUGGCAAUGCCCCUGAACCAGACCUGUACAGCAUCCAUUUCAUACUGUAUACAUUUUCUCUUUGAUGAAAAAGUGUUAACUAUUUUUGUUUAUGACUAAUUUAUUUUUUAUUAUUUGGAAAAAUAAAGUUAAUUCAAGACGAA